AUGGAGCAAAAAUCUUCAAAACGAAUGGUUUCAUUGGAUUCUAAUUUUGAGCAUGCUGAAUUCAUUUCAGCUCGUACUGACACAAAAUAGCGCUUAGGAGAAUUAUUUAUUUAACACCCUACUAAAUUAGAAAGUAUCAUUAAUGCAAAUAACUCUUUAAGUGUUUGGUCUUAGAUAAGUAAGCUCCAAAAUUCCCAAAUUUAAGCAUCCUAAACCACUUUUUGAAUUACCAAUGAGUGAUACUUAAAGAUCUUUGACACAUCAGACAACAUCGAUUAUUGAUUGUAGUAAAUGUAAUUAGAGUCUCUCAAAGAUGAUAAAUAAUAAAAGCCAUCAUGAAAAAUUAAUUCUUUCUUAACCUACUUUAGUAGCAGAAGAGAGGAAGGAAAUAUAAGUGUAACCUCCGAAAAGAUUAGUUAGUCAUCAUGGAAGAUAAAAGAAUGAAUUACCUCCAAUUCUAGCUCAUCCUCAUAUUUCACCUCCUCCUUUUUUCUAAUAAUCACCAAAGACCUAAAGAAAAUAAAAAACUAUGGGAAAACUUUCUUUUGGAAGAAUCUCUAAAAACUUUGAUCAUGAACUUAUGUAAGUCAUUUAAUCAGAACUUCAGAAAUAAUUCAACAAUAAUCUUCAAAAAGAAUAACCUACUAUUAAGAUGCUUUAGAAGCAUGUAUUAAUAUAUGACAUAUAUAAUUCAGUAAAAUCUUAAAAGGUCCAAAUUAAUCUCCCUAAGUCAAGCCAUCAAGGAAUUUAAGAAGUCCAUAUAGACUGAAGAUAAGUCAAAUACUUUUGAACUUUUCAAAUUAAAAGAGAAAGAAUUAAACUAAUUAAUAUCUGGGCAUAAUUAUGAAAUUUAUUAAACUAUUGAUGAUAUAAUAUGA